UGUAAUAUAUUGUUCAUAUUAGUCUCUCGGUUUGAGCUGAACCUGGAGUCUUUAUAUUUCACAACCAGAAGUGUUAUGAAAGCCCUCUGGUGAUAUUUAAUUGUCCACAGGGUGUGAAAAGAAAACGUUCCUCGCUCGUUGUCUCCAUGCUUGUGAUCUGAGAGUGAUGUGAUGAUCAAAGCCUGUGGGAGAUGAUGAUGCUGUGUUGUGAGCGUUAUUCUGUCUUCUGAUUGGCUAGUGUAAUUAUCUCGACACGCGCGCUGACAGCCAGAGCGUCCCAUCUUGUCACGCGCUUGUGAACCACCAGCUCCCGCCAAAAGCCUUCAGUCACAUCUGCUUCAGAUAUGUGUAUGAAAACAUGGAGCUGUCAAAGAGUGGAGAUAUUUCAGUUGAUCGAAAGAGGUCAAGUAAGGCACAUGGCCAGAGUAAAUGGCCUGAAGAACACAAAUCUCAAACCACCUCGAAUAAUGGAUUUGUGAAUACACACAGUACUGAUGAAAGCUCAUCCUCACUGCCUGUGCCAGAUACUCUGGACAUACUGUCUCCAGGGGUUAGUGACAAGCUCUCAGAAGGUCAUAGGCAGCUCCAUGGCUCUUUCAGAAGAAGCAGAACCCAUGACUGUGUGAGAGGAACGGGACUGCAGAAAGCUGAGAGCCCUGUUUACAAAGAUGGAACGAACUGGUACCAUCAUCAUAAGCUGGUGACCAGUGUCAGCUUUUCAGGAUUCGAGGCGCCUCUAAGGCUGUUUCGUGAGAAUCGAGAUACAUCUGGCAGCAGCCAUGAAUUCAAUGAUUACUGUAACCUAACACCUCAAGUGCCCUUUGUGCACUGCAAAGCCAAGUCCAUUCCUAAAAAGAGGAUCUCACUGAGGAAACAUAGGAAGGCCAUUAAGGACUUGUUUGUUCACGAUAGACACAGACGUGAAAAAGCUAUGUCCCCAAGUACACCAUGUCAUGUUACAGGUGAGAAUGUUCCAACAUUGAGGAAGAUGGUAAGGCACCGAAAACGCACCACUGCAGGAAACGGAUAUAAUGAACUCAGUGAGACUCCCUCCGAUUCUUCCAGUGAAUGUUGUUCUAAUGUCGGUGAGGAUGCUGCUUCAUUAAAAAGCUUUGGAUCUCAGGCUGGGUGUGGUGAGAUUUUUGCUAAUGAGUUUGUAUCACCUGAGGGGGUCCUUAGCCCCGAGCACCACACAGUUGCCUGUGAACCUCUGAGAAAAAGCCCUACUACUAUAGGUUUCCAGGGAGGUAAUGAGUGUCUGGCAUCUCCAGUGCACGCUGAGGUCCUGGACAUGUUUGGGUUGUGGGAAACCCUAAACAGAACUUUGCUUUUUGGGCAGAGUUCAAAAGCAACAGGACAUGCAACAAAACCCACAACCCCUAUCACAGAAUCUCCUUCCACAACCAAGUCUGAAUAUGUAACCACAAAUACACCACGACCUGUAGAGGACGAGAUCAGGGAAUCAAAUUCUGAUGUGAUAACACCCAAAAGUGAUAACCGAGGGAACACCAGUGAUGAGGGCUACUGUGAUUAUGUUUCUCCUGGUUUUGAGGACCACAGUAGAAGUUCCCUCACUCCAGUGCAUUCCAUUAAUUUCCCUGGGGACACGUACAGUAGAGAUGCUCUUUAUGAGCUAUUCUGUGACCCUAGCGAGGCUGAGAUGACCUCGAUCUUUAAUGAUGAGAUCAAUCUAACAGACAGCAUUGUUGGCCAGUGCAGUGAUCUUCCAUUAUCCAUGUACAGCUUCCAUGUUGGAGCAGAGGAGAAUCUUGCCCCUCCUUUGGCUCAGGACUUUGUUGGUCAAAAGCUUCUGCAAAGUAAAUGGAUGGGGAAGGAUUGCUUACUAAAGCUUUGUAACACUGAGAUAUCUAUGGCUAUGGGUAUAGUUAAUUGGCUAAAGAAUAGGACUGACAAUAGCAACCCAAAAGAGUUGAGAUCUUCAAAAUUGAGCAGUGAUGAAACAAGAGAUGAAUGUGUGAGAUGCCUAACGCAGUCUGCAAGGAUUGGGAAAUCAACAAAAGGAUCAAGAAGUGUUAACAGUAGAGGAGACACAGCUGAUUUCAAAGUGUCAAAUCAGAAAAACAUUGGUAUUCUGCCCUCAAAACAUGAUGCAAACACAGUGAUGUCAACCUUGGCUUCUCCAGAAAGCCAACCCAAGACCCCAGUGAGUGGUGUGUGUUUCAGGAUAUUCAAUAUCGACUCUCCUCAAACUCCAGGUGGAGAUUUGCAGUCCCCAGUGGCAAGCUCUCCUGGCUCUGGGACAAGGUCUUUGUUUGUGUUGGCCUUAAACAAGGAUUCUCUUUGUGAAUCUUGCAAGAGUUCCCUGAAAAAUGGAGUGAAAGAUCUGCACCUGUGCCGUUCUUGUAUAUCCCUCAUUGAGCACAUCAAGACUUCAGACCUUUGGGCCCAUGCCAGUUUUCCCAGGUCUACUCUAACUCCACAGCCAAUAACCAGAGAGCUACUCUCUCCAACCAGCACCUGCGGGAUACGAAGUGACAUCAGCAUAGCUUCCCUUGUUGAGCAGUGUGCUAGUCAGUUGUCUUCUAUGAAAAUCAACUUUACUCAAGCUCACUCAAACUGUGAAAUAAGAGAUAUCAUUGUACCUGAGCAAGGGGUAAAAAGGAACAAAGAACACUCUCAAAAAUACAUAAAGAAAAAGAAAAGGUCAGUGGCAACUUCUGAAAGAGGCUUGCAUGAUAGACCUCACUUGAAGACGUCCAGCUUUUCUGAAGAUGUGAAUCCUUCCCUUUUAGAGACUAAGGGACUUGGUUCUGAUGAUUUGUUGUUGGAAACUUAUGGUCCAUGUGUUUCUGAAUCUGGUGAUGCAGAUGUAUCUCAAGCUACCAGGCCUACAUCUCUUCCUCUCAUGGCCUCUGCCUCUCCAGAUUUUCUUUGCAGAGAGGACCACCACAUACACCAUUUGAAUAAGAUGGAAGCGGGAAACCCAUCCAAAAAGAAGCACAGAUUACGGCAUCACGGGAACUAUACUGUGAAUAGUGAGGGAUCGUGCAGUGUCUUUCCAGGGGAUAUAACUGUAGAACGCAGAUGCAGAAUGAAGAAGUGAAUCAGAUUCUGAAUUUGUGGAUCCUGGCCGUCUUAAACUCGUUUCUUCUGUCCAGUACCUCAGUCCUCUGGGCAGCUGACCUCUCUACCAGCUGUCAAAGUCUCUACCUUUCUUCCACAAGAAAUCUGACAUGUUUGCUCAUAUUACUGUCAACUCAGCAACACUGUGAGCCUGGAACAACAACAGGUCUGUUGAUCUGUUUGUCUGAAAAGUGAAAAGUCACAUCAGUGUUUUUCUCUGUCCAUAGUGUUUCUGCAGUCACUGCUAUUUUUUAUUGCAAAUUUAUCGCUGGAGUUUUCAAACCGAGGAUCAAUGACAGUACAUACUAGUGCAAUAACUACACUUUAAAAUCACUUUAUUACAGUCCGAGGGACACAUUUUAAACUGUUGUCUUAGAGAAAAUGUAUUGAAUUUGACAUUGUGGGAAGGUUAGCUUGUUUUUGCACAUCAAAACAAUCUGACAAGCUAUUUGAAAAGCUCUAUUCUGGAGUUUGGAAGAGAAACAGAGAGUUCCUUGAAAGGAUUGGGACAGCUGGAGACAUAGCAAUGGAAUCAAUUUGAAAAUUGCAUCAAUUCAAAUUUGCAUUUUCAUUUGUCCUAUUAGAGUUCAAAACAGAGAUGGAUAAUUGUUUAUCAGUGAAUAAAUGAGGUAAAGUAGCCCUUUGAAAGAAUGCCUUUAAUCUGGCUGAUGUGACCAGAAUUGAUGAGAGGCACCAAAAAAAGGGUCCAUUCAUACAUAUAGUAGGCCUCUUCACAAAGCAGGCAGGUGGCACUUUUACAUGUUGUCUUUGUCCAUUUUGGAAUGUAAUUCUGCCAGUUCAGUCCUUUUUUAAUUGGUAAAGACUUCAACUCAACCUAGACUGCAAUAGUCCAGCCAGGGUUGUUAUUGAACAGAAUUCCCAUAUGACAAGUAAUCUAUACAUGUCUGCACAUCCUUCUUUGAGCUGACAGUUAUCUACUUAAAUAGACAUCUGCACAUCUAUAUUUAGGUGGCUGGUUAUCACUGAAGUUAACUUCUAAACCAUUUAUUUAUCUUAAUUGUUAUGGAUGUAUAGGAAUAGAACACAUUUUUGAAAAAAUGGUACCUUUAGAAGUGACCUAUAUGUGCAUGCGAUCCUUGCUCUAAACAAAAGGAAGCCAAAGGGUCAUUUCGAAGAAGCCCUUUCUGCUAAAACCUUAGCAGCUUUUAGUAAAGUAUUGUAUUUCAGGGCCUCAACCUGUUUUUCAUUACAUCAGCAUCAGCCAUAACAACAUCUGGUACAG